CCACCACGGAAACUGACUGCGCGACCAAGACGGCUUGCAACGGAAUGGAUACCUCAUUUACGACGACGCCUGGCGUUCCAGAGUGCACGCUCGAUCCGGAUGUCGCGAGGGCAAUGGAUGCUGAGGCGGCAGACGACAAGACGCGGAUUGAUGGGACUGAUAUACCAAAGGAGUACUGGCCAACAAACCCAGCGGAUUAUGAUGGAUCGAAGUUCACCCUAACGCAGUUCGGGCUGUCAGAGACAAUCACGGUUAAGAAGACCACCACAACGACGUCCCAGUCCACUACUACCAAGACGGUUGAGGUGCCGAAAGCAGCAAGCGCAAAGUGUGAUUAUAGCUAUGAAGGAUUGUUCAUGAUGUUCAGAGUCUACAAGAUCGACGGCUGGGCUGACGAUGGCGGCGACAGCCUGAAAAAAGAGGAAAAAGGCUGCGGUAGUAUGACAGCCUGGGAGUUUGUUGAAUCAAGAACGGACUGGGGAACGUGGGCCUACUUCCAGCUCCCCGUCAUUAUGAAAGCCGGAUGCGUGGAGCGCGCCAUCGUCUCGGCUGGCGGGCCGAAGUUGUCCUGUCAAGACAUGGGCGACGACGAAUGGGCGAAAGACAGUCCUCGCCGGCGCGACGCAGCGCCCAGCACCUUGCCGAGCGACAACUCGGACAGAACGCCAAAUUUCUUGCCGAGCAACAGCACAGACAAGGGGGACACGACCAACCCGUACGCGCCUAUGGUUUGGGGCGACGGUGACACGGUGACGCUCACGGCGACCAUCGAUGUGCUCGGAACGUCGACGUAUACGACUGAGAUCUACAUUGCCACAUUGGCAGAGCCAGUGUCAAGCACAGAGACGAAAUCUUUGACUACAGAGACGAAAUCCCUGAUCACAGGGACCAUGACAUCAGGAUCUACAAGAACAGCAACCACGACGACCGGAAGCACAGCCCCCACAACCACAGGCAAACUCUCACCCGACGGCUCUUGCGGCGGCGCAGACGGCUUCAUCUGCCUUGGAACUGAUUGCUGCUCCGCAUACGGCUUCUGCGGUUCUUCCACCGACCAUUGCACCGCGGGAUGCCAGAGCGCGUUUGGCACAUGUGCGGAAGGAGCCAGCAACAAAAUUUCACCCGAUGGCACUUGUGGUGGAGCGAACGAGUACUCGUGUGCUGGAAGUGGAUUCGGAGAUUGCUGCUCGGCUUACGGAUUCUGCGGUUCCUCGAGCGAUUACUGUGGUACGGGUUGCCAGGGUGAGUUUGGGACUUGUUAAAUGCUAGAAUAGGCGUAGAGAAGAGAGUAUGCCCUCUUAUAAGGCCUUUAAUAGAGUAC